AGAGAGAAUCCUACACAGAGAGAAUCCUAAAUUAAGAAGAUGAAGGGAACAGAGUUGUUCCCUUAUACCUCUUCCAAGACAUGAAAUGCAAUGGAUUUAUGAGAUCUGCAAUUCACAGCUGGAUUCAUUGUGUACCUCAUUAUAACACCUACAGCCUUACUGUCACCACACAGCAGCUUUGGACAGCAGCAAAAUUAGACUCUUUUCUUCAGGGUGAGUUUUGGAGUCAGUUUGGUCUUUAAAAAUUUUGAAAGGUCUGGGAAAAAGUGGAAUAUAGAUUUUGUGUUCUGAAGUGUUGCUCUCAUCUCAGGAAUAUCUUAUUAUUUCCCCCCUGCCUGCCAACUUUGGGUUUGGGAACUCCACAUAAGUUAAAAAAACUUUUUUUGUUUUGGAACAUACUUGUAGUUGAUACUUGUGUUGGUUUUGAUAAAGAAUCAAGAAAAUCAUAUAACCUAGGUGGGAGUGUGCAGUAAGUUGGAAUCUGUCAGCACAGUUGGGUGGCUUGGUGAGUGCAAGGCUCUUUUUAGGCCAGUGCUAGGAGUGUAGAGGAAAUGUCUGCCUGGAAAAGAAAUCUAAUCGAGGCAAGAAACCUGGUGAACAGCUAUUUGAUACCAAAUAUACUGCAAAUUAUGAUAAGGCAUUAUGUCCUGUCUUUGAAAUCAGUGUAAUGGGGUUUGUCUUAGGAGUGGAAGAACCAGUGGGCUUCAGAUGAGGCACAGAAGUGAAGUGAGUGUCUGACUCAGUUCUGAGCAAGGGCUGAUGAAAUGGUGCUGAGUGUUUGGUGUGAAGCAUGAACUGGUUCUGGAGCAGCAGCUGAUGUUUGCAGCCAGCCACAAAGUUCUCUCUGUCACUGGGACUUGUGUCACUCUGUCCCUGGGUACCUCUCUGCAUGACCAUCGCAUUCCUUAUGCAGUCGGUAUUUACAGCACAGAGCACUUCAGAUAACUCGAUAACGCAUUCUCUUGCUUAUCUCAGGGUUGCUAUGGUUACCAGCUUAGCACAUCCAUCUCCCUUAUAGGAAAGGGAUUCCCUGUCCCUGCUGCCUCCCCUGUCCCUUUGCCCCCCCUGUCCCUCUCCCGUGCCGGGGGGUCCCCAGCCCCUGUUCCUGAGCUCUCCCCGGGCUCUCCCAGCCCCGCAUCCCGUGUGGGGUUUCCGGCCAGCGCUGAGCCCUGGGGAUGGGCUGAGCCUUGGGGGAGCUCCCGUGCCCCCCAUUGCCGGGGCUACGGAGCCUUUCCCCUGCCCCACACAGAGCUUCGGUUCGUUUAGCUUCGGGUCGGGUCGGGUCAGUUCGGUUCGGUUCGGGAGAGAAGGGGGCGUGGCCAGGGCGUUGGUGGCCCCGCCCCCCGCCUCUGAUUGGCCGCCGGGUCCCUUAUCCCCGCAUGCGGAUCCAGCGUCCGGUCGCGGGCGCGCGCCGCCGACUCUGUGUGUCCCUUGUUGUGGUGCCGGCUCCCGGCCCGGUCCGGGGCUGGGCUCUGGCACCUGUCUCUGUCUGCAGACCCCCCUUCCCAAAAUUUUUGGGAGGGGGGUCCGUCUCCCCGUGUCUUCCCCUUGUCUGUCCUUAUGUGUUUGCACCACUGCCCCCAUGCACGCCGCGACACAGGUGAGUGCUGCGACACAGGUAAGUGCUGGGCUCAGGUAAGUGCUGCCGCCGCCCCCCUGGAUGCUGCCGCCGCUGCGACGCUGGAUGCUGCUGCCACGGAUUCACCACUGAUUGAUUUCAUUGAUUUACUGAUUCACUGAUUCACUGAUUCAAUUGCUGAUUCAAUGGCUGACGAGCGCGGGCGCGGUGCGGGCCUUCCCGACUACACGCUCUUCCCGGGACCCGGCGGAGCUUCCCCUGGGAGCGGGGCGUCGAGCCCCGAGUGUCCGCGUCCUGCGGGAGGAUCCCCCCCGCACCUCCGAGCGGAGCCGUGGCCAUUGCAGGUGGGGAAAAACCUCCCGCUGCCCCCCAAAACCCUCCCCGAGCUGCCCGCGGGCUGUGUCCCUCCCCAUCCCCCCCUGUCCCCUGCUGCAGGGUGCGGGGCUCGCAGUUUUGCUCAGGUGUUCUCUGCUCUUUGUUUUCCUGACCGAGUCCCAGGUGGCUGCGGCGCCAGGUGCGGGACCCACACGGAGCCGGAGGAGCUGGGAGAGAAGGGGACGGAGCAGCAGCGCCGGAUGGUGUCCCUGUCCCCCAGCACUUGAUGGCAGAGCAGAACC